AUGUAGCAAAAUUAUAGCUAUACCAAAAUCAAAUGUCUAUUUAAAGGAUAUGCAGGAAAAGUCUAUUUAAUUGAAAAAAGAACCGAAAAUGAUCCUCCUAAUAAACAAAUUGUUCCUAUUGUGUUAAAAAGAUAUUAUAGAAAAGUAAUAAUUACAAUUCACAAAUUUUAGGCAUCAGAUCCUGAAAAUCAUACCAAUCUAAUUGAAUAUAAAUUUUUAACAUAACUCCAACAUCCAAAUAUCAUUAAUAUCAUUGAUGCAUUUACAGAAUAAUAUGAAUACAAAAAAUAUCUAUGUCUUACUAUGGAAUAUAUGGCACCUCUACAUGAAAUAAUAGGAAAUCUAAAAGAUUGUUAACUUUACAUUUUUAAAGAAAUAUGUUAGGCUGUAAGUUAUUUACAUAGUAAUAAUAUUUUACACAGAGAUAUAAAACCAAGCAAUAUAUUUGUUACUACUUAAGGAAAAGUGAAAUUAGGAGAUUUUGGAAUUUCUACUUAAAUUAAGUAAAUUAUGACACCUUAAACAUGUACAAAGAAUUAUAGAGCUCCUGAAUUAUUCUUUGGAUUAAAAGAAUAUGAUCAUUCUAUUGAUAUUUGGUCUUUGGGUUGCACUUUAAUAGAAUUGUACACUGGCAAAAUGUUAUUUAAUGGAACUUCAGAAAUAGAGAUAAUGUCUUAAAUAGCAGAACUAUUAGGAAGUGUGAAUGUAAUAUUGUAAUUUAUAAAUAAGGAAUAAAAUUGGCAAGGAGUCUCUUAAUUACCUAUGUAUUUGGAAUUUAUAAAUGACAAAGAACCUUAAUUGUAAAAAGUGAUUGGGAAAUUGCCUAAAUAAAUACAAUCACUUUUAAUUGAAUUACUAUAACUGAAUCCGAAAGGCAGAUUAAAAAUUAACCAAAUCUUGUUUUAUUUAGACGAAUUAUAAAUUCCAGAUAGAAACAGAGAACUAUCAUCUAUUGCACAUAAUGCUUUAAGAGGCAAGCAAAUGAACUAAAUUUAAAUAAUUAUAUGAAUUUCGAUUAUCCUAAAUCUGAGUUUUAAACUCCUUAAAAGACAUUUUUUGUGAGAUCAUAACACAAACAUAAUUCUAGUUUACCUACAUAAGGACAAUAUAUUCGAGAUACACAAGAACCUAAAACUAGUUUAACAAAAUUUGGAUUGGAAUCUUUAAAAUAAUGGGAUUUCUUUUCUGAUCCUUACAGCUUGCCAGAUAAAUAUUUAUAUAGUCCAUAAAGUAAAAUCAAGACUGAAUCAUCUGAUCAAGGGUUUGAUAGUCUUGAUUUUAUGCUUGGAAAACAAACUGAGAGGUACAGUUCAAAAUCCCUAAAAUCAUUGAAUUAAGAAACUCAUUCUGAAAAAUUAAUCGGUAAAAAAGUUCAUUUUUCUGACUCAGUCUAUGUUAAAAAUGAUGAUGGAAGUGAAUCUGAAGAACCAAUGAAAAUAAAAUCAAGAUAAAGAACAAGAAAAAGCAAGUUUUCUAUGAAAAAUUAGAGAUCAUAUAUACAAGAUUGA